ACUACACAUGAGCUGUGCGGACGCGCGCGCGCGGGCCGCAGGCGAACUUUUCUGGCGAUUUUGAUCCUCUGCUGCGCGCUGCCAGACCACGUGGCACAGGACACGAUGGCGCGCCUCGCACUCAAACUGCCAGCCAAUGAAUACGCUCAUCGAGGUCGAUCCCCGACUUGCUUCACCUCCUCAAUGCGGCACAGCGUCGUUUACGUGUUGCUCGCGCUGAUCGGCCUCUGGGCCUCUUUACACAUGGUCGCGUUGAGCGUCAGACGACUGCUCAGAAUACAGCGACACCAGGGAGGCUCGCCAGCCCCUCGCGCACCUUGGCUUUACGGUCAGGCUGUCCGCGCGGACAUAAGAGCACACUCAUCGACUCUCUCGACCUCUCUACAGAGUCGAUGGAAUCUCAAGUCCGUACAUGGCUCAGAAAUUCGACUUGCUGCCGUUCCUCAAUUGUGUGACAAAUUUAUCAAGAACGGAUCGUGAUCAGCUUUGCGAGCAUGGAUGUGCCAUGCCACACAAGAUGCUUCGCGUCCUGACUGCGGGGUCGUCAAGACCUUUACACCGUCAUGACGAGCAGUCGUGC